AUGUCUCGAUACUCUGUCGCACACGCAGAUCCUCAGGGAGCCAACGAUGCUCGACCAACUGCCAUGCAAAUCAUCCAUGACGAGCAAAUGGAAGACAAACUUGUCGGCAAAGCCGUCAUCAUCACCGGUGUUUCCUCCGGUCUUGGUGUCGAAACUGCUCGUGCCCUCGCAGCAACCGGCGCAACUCUUUACAUGACGGCCCGAGACCUAGACAGAGCAAAGAGUGCCCUUGGCGACAUCUUCGAUCCACACCGAAUGGAAUUGAUCCACAUGGAUCACACCUCUCUGGAAAGCGUGCGAACCGCUGCUCAAAACAUACUUUCCAAGACAGACAAGAUCACCAUUCUCGUCUGCAAUGCGGGAGUCAUGGCCGUCAAGGAUCUCCAGCUUACGGAUCAAGGCUACGAGCUUCAAUUCGCGACCAAUCAUCUCGCGCACUUUCUCUUCUUCGAGCUGCUGAGGCCUGCACUACUAGCAGGCUCUUCCUCAGAAUUCCAAUCUCGCGUGGUCAUCGUGUCUUCCUCUAGCCAUCGAAUGGCGCGAGGAUUAGGGCCGUCAGACAACUACCACUACCAGAAAGGCGGCUAUGAUCCUCGGGGUGCAUACGCCCAGUCAAAGAUUGCCAAUGUGUACAUGGCAAACGAGAUUGAGCGCCGUUACGGAUCGCAGGGUCUGCAUGCGACCAGUCUGAACCCGGGAAUUAUUGCCACUUCUUUGGGAAGACACAUGUCUGAGGAGGAGAUCCAGGCACUGUUGCAGAAUCCGAUGGUUCAGAAAUUCCAGAAGAGUCCUGAGCAGGGAGCUGCAACUACAGUUUGGGGCGCUGUUUCUGAGGAAUUGGCAGGCAAGGGUGGCCUACUCCUUGACAAUUGCGCAGUAGCUGCUCGAGGAGACUAUGAUGAGAACCCCUUGGGUGGGGAUGCGGUGCCCCAUACUUACUGCGCCGAGGACGAGGCUCGACUGUGGAAGGAUUCGCUGGAGAUGGUCGGAUUAUCGAGCGAGAAUUGA